AUGUCCGGGGGCCUCUUUACAGAGACAAGGCCAUUCCAGGAUUUAUAUUUGGGAUCCCCAAUACGGCUUCCGAGCCUGUCAUAUAUGGAAACUGUUGGGGCAGAUCACCUAGCAACCGGUUAUCCUCAAGAUCGCGGAGGAUGCAACCUAACUUUGAGAAGAAACUUGAUGUCCAUAACUACUUGUCGUCUCUGUUCCACGGAAAAUAGGACACGUGUGUCCAGUGGAAAGCCUAUAGCACGAGCUUCUAGGUCAUCUGUGAUCACUGCAAACAUGCGGCAGAUGUCACAUCAAGUUGUGGAAGAAGCUUUGUGGCAGAGCGAUGGGAAUAUCUCCCUAAUCCGGACAAACUUUGUAGAAGUGGAUAUCCUGAUAAUUCACUGUAUAUGGGCACUCGAGUCUUUCGUUGAACAAUUGUCACGUCCUCUAAACGGUCACAGCACAGAGGGAACAGGUGACUUGACCACCGUCGUCAGAAUUCAACCAAUUCUCACCAGGAUUACGUGGCAUCAUAGAAGCUUCUGUAAACUAUUACCUGCUUGGAGGACUGAAAAGAGGAUGAAUAUAUCCAUCCAGGAGAUAUGUUGGAGCGGAUAA